AUGAGUGCUUUGGCACGCGAUCAACUGGCGCGAAAUCCAAAAAUGGCUCUUGUUGUGAGGAUAUUUGAAAUUAAUGAGACUAUUAAAAAAAUGCCUCGAAAUAAGUCAGAUUUACGUAAGUUAUUUUCCAAAGGAAUGGCAGUAGAAUUUCACGCACGAUAUAACGGAAAUGCACACGCUAUUCCACAUUUGAAUCAGUGGUUGAAUAAGCAAGAAAGCAAACAUCAACUUGCAAUUGACUCAUUUUUGAAGUUUUCAAAACGCAGUUGGGAGCCACAAUUCGUUUCAUUGAAUAGUAUACCAUUUCACGAUGAAAAUUUCCCCUUCUCGUUACGUGAUAAUACUGUUCUUAGAUGGGAAAUGUGCCGUCAAAAUUACACGUUUGCUUUGGUAAAUGAUUUAUUUAUGGCACAUCGUAAAAUUAAAACAGCGCUUGAUAUUCCACGUGCGAAAAAACAGCAGAGACGUUCUCUCGAACAAUUUAAUUUUGCUAUGAAAUUGUUUCAACAUCGCAUGGACCAAUUUUAUCCCGAAACUAAAAAAAUUUGUCCAAAAUUUGGAGCUUAG